CGGAAGCGGAAGCGGGGUUGACGAGGCCCGAGGCGGAGCCGGUGUCGCGGUGCCGGGGCCGCGAUGUUCACCCCGGGCGGGCCGGGGCUGCCCGGCGGGCGGCGGCGGAGGGCGGCGGGCAGCGGGCUGCCCAAGCAGCCGGAGCGGAGCCUGGCCUCGGCGCUGCCCGGCGCGCUGUCCAUCACGGCGCUGUGCACGGCGCUGGCCGAGCCCGCCUGGCUCCGCAUCCACGGCGGCACCUGCGCCCGACAGGAGCUGGGAGUCGCCGACGUGCUGGGCUACGUGGAUCCCGAGCUGCUCCGAGAUUACUGCAUGAACCCACAGACGGUUCUGCUGCUCCGCGUCAUCGCCGCCUUCUGCUUCCUGGGCAUCAUCUGCAGCCUCUCGGCCUUUCUGCUCGACGUCUUCGGCCCCAAACACCCGGCGCUCAAGAUCACCCGGCGUUACGCGUUCGCCCACAUCCUCACAGUCCUGCAAUGCGCCACCGUCAUCGGCUUCUGCUACUGGGCCUCGGAGCUGAUCCUGGCCCAGCAGCAGCAGCACAAAAAGUACCACGGCUCCCAGGUUUACGUCACCUUCGCCGUCAGCUUCUACCUGGUGGCGGGGGCCGGGGGGGCGUCCAUCCUCGCCACGGCCGCCAACCUCUUGCGCCAUUACCCCACCGAGGAGGAGGAGCAAGCGCUGGAGCUCCUGUCCGAGAUGGAGGAGAACGAACCGUACCCGGCCGAGUACGAAGUCAUCAACCAAUUCCAACCACCGCCAGCUUACACCCCCUGACGGCGCCGCCUUCACCGCGUCCUCCCCCCGCCAAAAUUCACCUUCUCGCCGCCCCCUUCGUGUUUCAGAUCCUUCUCGCGCAGAGGAAAGAACCGUUUGGGUCGGGUGAGCGAUGGUUUCUCCCUGUCCUUUAAUUUUAACCACGCCACGGUGCGAUUUUGAGCCCCGGGUGGAAAUGACGGCGACGGAGGCGCCCGCUGAGGAUUUUCACCGGUUUUAUCUCAUCCCCGCCGCCAAGGAGGGGGAAAUGGGGCUGGAAUCGCUCAGCGGACUCAACCCCUCCUCCGAGGUGUAAAACACAUCCGAAAAAAGGCGUCACGCACGCGCGUGUGUAUAUAUUUAUAUAUAUAUAUAUAUAGGGGAAGCACUGGCGAGGGGGGAACAGCCCUUUCCAGCGUCUGGACAGACACAGAACCAACCCCCUACCGCUCCACGUGUCCCUUUUUUUCUGACCACACGAGCAUUUUGAGCAUUUUGCACUUUAUUUCAGCCUCGGGGGUUUGGGGGUGAGGACGGUGAUGCUUUCGGAGCCAUCACCACUAUAAAACCCCCUUUGCGAGCGGCUGACACGACAUCCCAAAGCUCUUUGGACACCGGCGCUGGUUUUGGGGGAAGCUCCAACCCUUCAUCGAGCAAAUUUUGGGGGGUUUUUAGCCAAGAUACGACCAGACUUCGGCUCUGGGAAAUCGGCGUCUGUGCCUGCGGUUUUAUGCAAGUUCCCCAUCCCCGCGCCGACCGACUCUUCUGCUUUUUGCUCCCGCUUUUAAUCUUCAUGUUUCUCUGUCCUGCUCUUGGUUUUCUUAACACAAACCCCACAAGAAGACGGACACCAAGGAGCAAACGCUUCCCCAGAUGGUACCGCAGAAACGAUCUGAAUCAUCCAGACCCCAGCCAGGUUUUUUUGGCUUUUUAAAGCAAAAUUAAUAUGUAAUAAAGAAACACGGAUGCAUCAACCCGAGCACCGCAGCACCCAAAACCUCAACGCCGAAUCUGCGAAGGUUUAGAGGAGGAGUUUUAGGACAGAAAAAACGCUCGUCGUACGUUCUUGACCAUCCCCUUAAUGCUUUUAUUCCCUAUUUUCUUCCCACCGGCUGUUUUGCCGGGGUCGUCCCCUUAUUUUGCGCCCCCCCGUGGCAGCACUGGCUAUGCAAGAGCUUCGGCCGCUCGCCGGGGCUCAGACCGGGGCACUAAAUGGGAAACAAUCAACGCGGGGAGGACACGGUGAGACUGGGAGGGGGAAAAACAACCCUGAAAAACCUCGAGGAGGAAAAUCAGCCCCUUGAAAAACCUUUGAGGAAGAAAAUCAACCCCUUAAAAACCUUGAGGAGGAAAAUCAGCUCCUGAAAAUACUCAAGGAGGAAAAUCAACCCUUGAAAAUCCUGAAGGAGUAAAAUCAGCCCUGGAAAAACCUUGAGGAGGAAAAUCAGAAUCACAGAAUCCCAGAAUGUCAGGGGUUGAAGGGACCUGGCAAGCUCAUGCAGUGCAAUCCCCCCAUGGAGCAGGAACACCCAGAUGAGGUUACACAGGAAGGUGUCCAGGCGGGUUGGAAUGUCUGCACAGAAGGAGACUCCACAACCUCCCUGGGCAGCCUGGGCCAGGCUCUGCCACCCUCACCCCAAACAAGUUUCUUCUCAAGUUUAAGUGGAACCUCCUGUGUUCCAGUUUGAACCCAUUACCCCUUGUCCUAUCACUGGUUGUCACCGAGAAGAGCCUGGCUCCAUCCUCCUGACACUCCCCCUUUAGAUAUCUGGAAACAUGAAUGAGUCCCCCCUCAGUCUCCUCUUGUCCAGCUCCAGAGCCCCAGCUCCCUCAGCCUUUCCUCACCCGGGAGAUGCUCCACUCCCUUCAGCAUCUUUGUUGCCCUGCACUGGACUCUCUGCAGCAGUUCCCUGUCCUGCUGGAACUGAGGGGCCACAGCUGGACACAAUAUUCCAGGUGUGGUCUCCCCAGGGCAGAGCAGAGGGGCAGGAGAACCUCUCUGACCUACUGACCACCCCCUUCUAACCCACCCCAGGUACCAUUGGCUUCCUGGCCACAAGGGCCCAGUGCUGGCUCAUGGUCACCCUGCUGUCCCCAGGACCCCCAGGUCCCUUUCCCCUACGCUGCUCUCUAAUAGGUCAUUCCCCAACUUAUACUGCAACCUGGGGUUGUUCCUGCCCAGAUUCAAGACUCUACACUUGCCCUUGUUCUAUUUCAUUAGUAUUUUCCCUGGAAACACUCGGAGAGGAAAAUGAACCCUUGAAAAACCAUUGAGGAGGAAAAUCAGCCCCUGAAGAUCCGUGAGGGUUGGAUGGGUGGGUGCGGGGCGUGGGGGAAGCUGGCAGCGUGUUUUUUGGGGGGGUUUCCUGUUUUCUGGGGGUUUUCCCAGCCCUGACACAGCUCCUUUUCCUCCUCAUCCACUUCCACGUCCCCGCAAAACCCACGUCCCGCUGGCUCUUCCCCGGCGGCAAAAGCGUUGGGGUUUCCUCACUGGGGACUUAUAUGCAAGGGGGGGGGCUGGACUGUAAAUAUUCUGUGCAUAAACACACUGUAUUUCUGUAAAAAAAACCCCAAAAGAGGGAAAUUCAUGUCGUUUCCCUGCCCUGGAUGGAAUCCGGACGGGGUGUGGGGUGCUGUGGGUUUUGGGGCUCCCCCCAGCCCUUCUGUGGGGAAAUAAAGGGGGUGCAAAGA